UAUGACAACUGUCUAAUCUUCCUCGAUCCGAUUCGUAAAAGUAAGAACGUGUGAAUGUUGCGUGAGCCUCAGGGUUUCUUCGUCGGAACAAUCAAAAAGCAGCACAGGAUAAGUGAGGCAGGUUGAACCAGCGCAGUGUGAGUGUGUGUCUGCUGCUGCCGCCAUGGCACUGGGCUGGAUCGCCCUGCUCCUCGGCCUGGGACUGGCAGCAGCUAAGUUAACGGGUGAUACAGAAACGGACGUUGAUGCGGGCCAUGACUGGGACAUCUUCAACAUCAAUGAAGUGGCUGGGCUGAACCUGCUGGAGGGGGAUAUCCAACACGAGGAGACGUUCGACAGAAACUCCAUCAUCGGAGACGAGUACCGCUGGCCGACAACCAUUCCCUACUACCUCGAGGACAGUCUGGAUAUGAACGCAAAGGGAGUGACCCUAAAGGCGUUUGACCAGUACAGACUGAAGACCUGCAUCGACUUCACACCAUGGAAAGGAGAGCAGAACUACAUCUCCGUGUUCAAAGGGAGCGGAUGUUCUUCCUUUGUGGGCAACCAGCAUGCGGGGAAGCAGCGUCUGUCCAUCGGUAACAACUGUGACCGCCUGGGAACCGUUGAGCAUGAGUUCCUGCACGCUCUGGGCUUCUGGCACGAGCAGUCCAGGGCCGACCGGGAUGAUUACGUCAACAUCAUGUGGGAUCGCAUCAAACCUGGUAAAGAGCACAACUUCAAAGCGUACGACGACACAGUGUCCAGCGCGCUGGGCGUUCCCUACGACUACGGAUCUGUGAUGCACUACAGCAAGACGUCCUUCAACAUCGGCUCCGAGCCCACCAUCGUCACCAAGAUCCCCCACUUCACGGAUGUGAUUGGUCAGAGGAUGGGCCUCAGUGCCAGUGACCUCGCCAAGCUCAACAGCCUCUACAAAUGCACCAAGUCUUCUACCUUUGUGGACAGCUGCUCCUUUGAGCUGGAGAACAUUUGUGGGAUGAUUCAGGAUCCCGGAAAGACAAAGUGGGAACAACGCAGUUCUACAAGCGGAGGCCCCCAGACCGACUUCUCCAACAUGGGGCAAUGUGAAGGAAAAGGCUACUUCAUGCACUUCAGCACGGCCUCUGCUGAACCCGCUGGCCGUGCGCUCCUGGAGAGUCGUUGGCUGUACCCCAAACCUGGAGCCCAGUGUCUGCAGUUCUUCCUCCACAACACCGCUGCAGCUGACGACGUCCUCAACAUCUGGGUGAGAGAGUACGACGGGGUCAACCCCAGGGGGAAACUGAACCUCUUCAAAAGAAUUUCAGGAGGGGUCACGGGCUCCUGGGAGCUCCAUAACGUCAACCUGCAUGUGAGCCGGAAGGCCCGAGUGGUUUUUGAGGGCGUGAGGGGAAGGGGUCCGUCGAAGGGAGGCUUCUCUCUGGAUGACAUUAACCUUUCUUCCACAAAGUGCCCCCAGCACAUCUGGCACAUCUGCAACAUCACCCGCCUGCUGGCCACCACCCCAACAGGAGAGAAGCUGUACAGCCCUCGCUUUCUUUCCCCAGCGGGCUACUCCUUCCAGGUUGGUGUGUACAUCAACGGAAGAAGCGGCCGUCCAGGGUACGUGGCCACCUACUUCCACCUGACCUCUGGCCCCAACGACCACAACCUCAAGUGGCCGUGUCCGUGGCAGCAGGCGACCAUGGCCCUGAUGGAUCAGCAGUCUGACAUCAGAGAGCAGAUAAACAUGCACCGAAUGGUCACCACCGAGCCCGACAAGAUGUCGUCUGACGGCAUUGAGUACUACUGGGACAACCCCAGGGAGGUGGGCUCCAAAGUAACCGGGUCUGACGGCAGCUAUUUCUACCGGGGCCCAGGCAGCGGGACAAGCACCUUCAUCACCCACAGCAGACUGAAGAGCAGAAAGUUCAUCAAGGGAGACCAGGCCUUCUUCCUCUUCAGCCUGGAAGAUAUAUCGGCUCUGCUGGCCUCUCAGCCUCUCGACAGCCCCGCAGUCCAAGCGGACGCCACUCCGGCUGCAGACCAGGCUGCUCCGCAGGGGGCCGCUGCAGUGGUGGUCGAAAUUGUGGCGGGAUGCGUGGCGGCAGUGAUACUCGUGGUUUCCGUGGCGAUCUUGGGGAACAGCUGGAGGGGGAGGAGGAGGCGGCAGAAGAGCGGCGAGGCUGAGAUCACACAGAACACGCCUGGAUUCAUGGAAGAGCAGCCGACAAAGGAUUUAACAUCCAUUCGCACAACUCCAUGAGGUUCCAGUAAAAAGGAAGAAAUGGGGACCCCCAUCUGAAUUAAUGUUAGAGCAUUACGGAUGUGAUUUUGCCUCCAGGGUCUCUGGUCUCUCUUAGAAUUGCUGUUCUUUUUCACAUAAUACAUUCCGACAGAAUCAACAUUUUUUUUAAAUCAAAUAAAUAGCAAAACUGUUAAAACCUGUUUCCCUUAGUACUAGUAUAUUAUCUAUGCUAUAUAUUUUAGUGUAAUUCAAUUGUUUACCAUAUGGAUAUCUCAAAUAUACGUCUUAAAAGGCUUAAACAAGACUAUACCCAUUGUUCCCUCAGUCAACACGUCACCGAUUCAGCCAAAAACACCAGACAAACAUCAGUUCAUAAGUUCAAUCACCAUUUUUAUUAUUGGAUUGCCACGACUCGUUCUGAACUGGACGGCUGUAAAGCACGGACAGACUCGUACGUUCUCACCUUGUGCUUUCUGUAAACGUGAUCCUUUGCUUUCCGUCCAGUUUGACCUCUCAAACAAACUGGUACAAAUAAAACCAAAAGUCAUUAA